AUGCAGCUCCGCGCCCUCGUCACCCUCUUCGCUUUCUUCGUGGUUGUCGCCCGCGACGAUGCCGCUUCCCUCUCCAAGCGCGUCUCUGAUCCGUUUAUUCCCGAUGAGUAUUUUGAGGUCCAACUGGAGUCCGCCGCGCACCGCGCUGCGAUUGUUUCGCAGUGGGACAUUCCCGUCGGCGCGCGUGUCCUCGAGAUCGGGUGCGGCCAGGGAGAUACCACCGCUGUACUUGCAGAGCUCGUCGGUGAGAACGGCCAUGUCACGGGCGUCGAUCCAGCAUCGCUCGAUUACGGCCUGCCACUUACACUCAGCGAAGCGCAAGCGCGCCUCUCCGCCGGCCGCCUCGGCAGCCGCAUCACCUGGGUCCAUGCCGAUCCGCUCGCCUUCCUCUCUGGUGCUAGCACAUUGAAGCCGACCAGUGAGCCGUACGAUGUCGUCGUAUUCUCCCUCUCCAUUUGGUACUUCUCCUCCCCGUCCGUAUUUUCUGCGGUCCUCGCUGCCCUUGCACCGCACGCCAAACGUCUCUGCAUCGCGGAAUGGAGUUUGAUCGCUUCCGACCCUGAGGCGCACGGGCACGUCCUCGCGUCGCUCGCACAGGCGGCGCUCGAAUACCACAACCCCGGGGCCACGUUGAACGUGCGCACAAUAUUCCCGCCUGCGACCAUCGUGCGCGCCGCAGAGUCACCCAAGGGAGGCGGAUGGAAACUGGUGAAGGAGAGCCGUUUCAAGCCGGCGGCGAGGACGCCGGACGGGCAAUGGGAGGUAGAGGCGGUGCUGGAUCCGGCCUUUGAGAAGGAGAUGGAUGAGUUCGUGAAAGACGAGCAGGAGAGGGCGGUGGUGAUUGCAAUGCGGGAUGCAGUGAGGGCGGCGGUGGACAUGGUUGGGGGGCCGAAAAAAGUAGAGCCGAUGGAUGUCUGGUCUGGCCAGUUUAUGCGCGCGCAAUGA